AUGAACCUCGGCAUCCCCGUCGUCGUUGUGGUGACGCGCGCCGACGGUGCGAGCGCGCUCGAGAGUCAGAAGACGAUUGGCUGGGGCGAGGCGAUAGAGGUCUACAUCCGGAAUGAGUGCCUCAGCUACGGGGCUGCGAUCGUCUACACGAUGGUCCAAGCGAAGAGUAGCAAGAACGUGGACGUGCUGUAUGAGUACCUCGUGCACCGGCUCUACGGGUUCUCCUUCAAGAGGCCUGCCAAUCAGCCCUCGCGAGACGCAGUCUUCGUGCCCAGUGGUUGGGACAGCCAGGAGAAGAUCCAGAAGGCCGCGGAGGGCCUGCAGGGCGGGGGCUUGGAGCUGUCCUUUGAGUCCCGCAUCACGCCGCUGGACGCGCCCGCUGACGCCGCCCCAGCCCUCGAGGCGUGCGAAGACAUGCAGACAUUCCUACGGCGUUCGAGCGGCAUCCUGCAGAGGCUCGGCGGCGCUUCUGCCGCCGGGACCCGAGGCCUGGGCGCUGCGGGCACCGGCGCGAGUGCCGCGGCGGGAGGGGCGGCCACCGCGGACACGCCUGGUGCGGCGGGGGGGGCCGCGGCUGGCGCUGCGUGUGCGGAGGCGCCCGCGACCAAGCGGGGCUCCAUGACGUCGCAGGGCCCCAUUGACAACUCCUCCCUGGCCAACUUCUUCCAGAACCUGCUUACCCGCGGACAGUCUGGCGACGGGUGGUCGGGCGACGACAAAAGGCCCUGGCGAAAAUACUGGGAGUUCGCGGUAAUGGUUUGGAUUUGCAGCAACGCGAUGCCCGUCAGCACGCGGAAGAUCUGCUUGACGAAUCGCGUCAACACGCAGAGGGUGAGCGUGACGGCACGCAGCGAACGACAUUUGCAAAACAGUCCAAGUGUAUUCGCCGAUGGCGUACGUACACCGGUCCUGGCCAGGCCCAUCCUGCUCCCAGCAUCGGUGCAGGUGCCCCCCUGGCCCGAUCCAGGAGGGCAUGCGGCACUGACCCUCGGCCUGGCGAGGACAUUUGUGCACGUGGACGGCACUCCUCUCCUCUUUUCUUUACGGAAUGGCAGAUUGCAUCAACAUAGAUAG